AAACUUGCUGCUCUCCGCUGAGGAGAAGUUGAGCCAAAGUUUGGAGAAGUUUGAGGAGGGGAGAAGUUGCCCAGCAGCACUCAGGCGGAGGCUGCGGGACUGAAGACACGCACACGGCGGAGGAGGAGCGCAAACAUGAAGCUGUGCCGCACUUUUUUAGAAAAUGAGUUUCGGGGUGAGCUGGUGAACCAGCGGUGGACACGAGGCGAGAGGACCAGCAGCCGCUGUCAGGCCUCCCAGAGACUGCAGAGCCGCCGACCAAUCAUGAUGAGUGUGGAGAGUGACGACAAGCGAACUCGCACCCGGUCCAAAGGAAUCAGAGUUCCCAUUGAGCUCGUAGGACAAGAGCUAAGCUGCCCCACCCCUGGAUGCAAUGGCUCUGGCCAUAUCAGUGGGAGAUACUCACGACACAGAAGCAUCCUGGGAUGCCCCAUAGCGAGAAAACGGCGUCUGGAGGAAGCGGAGCAGGAGCAAGAACAGGAAGCAGAGAGGCCCGCCUCCAAGAGGAAGUCCCACCCCCUGAAACUGGCCCUGGACGAGGGCUUCAGCGCGGAGAGCGACGCCAGCAGCGAGGCUGAGGGCGAAGCGGAGAAGGAUGGAGAGAAAGCUCAGGAGGCCAAGGAUGUGGCGGAGGAAGAGGAGAAGGAAGCAAAUGGGGAGGAGGAAAGAGAGGAGGUGACAGAUUACCACCAACAGGACGGUCAAAAGGAGGAGGAGCCAACAGAGGAGGAGGAAGAGGAGGAGGGAGACAUUCAGAAGGAGGAGAACUUUGCAGCUGAUGAAGAGGAGGAGUGUGUGAUCAUCGAGCCGGAGCUGGGCGCAGCGUCACCUGCAGCACGGGAGUCGCCCUCACAGAGCGCCGAGGAGGUGGCCAACUCUCUGCUCCACCUGGGCCGGGUCUCCGCCACUGAUGCUCCCGCCAUGCAGCAGUCUGUGGCCAUGGAGGCUGAAGAUGCGGCAGCUGAAUGGGAGGAAGAGGUUAAGGGUGAUCAGGAGGAGCACCUGAAGGAGGAGGAGGAGGCACAGAGGCUCCAGGAGCUGGAGGAGUCGCCUGCUCUGCAGGAGGAGGCAGAUGAUCCGAAUGAUGAAGACGACGAAGGGUCCGGCUGCCACGUCUUCCUUCAUGAGCAAAUUAAGCAUAACCAGGAAGCCGAAGAAGAAGAGGAGGAGGAAGAGGAGGAGGAGGAAGAGAUGGUUGUGUCUGUGCAGGAAACCCGAACAGAGGAGGAAGAGGAGCACAGAGGUCACGCCAUCUCCACGUCUGAUGUGCCGACCGCCGUCCGCACCAUCACCAGCACAGCAGCAGCUCAGGGAACACUCAUCAAGAACGAAGACCUUCGGGCCAGUCCUGUGGAGGACAGCAGCCCCAGCAGAACCGCUCUGCAGGACACAUACGACCCGCUGAAACCCAACCCGCUCCUCAACUACAAGAACAGCGCUCUGUUGAGCUUCACCUCCCACAGGAUCAGCCCGCUGGAGGACUACCUGCCCCUCCCCAGAGGCGAAAACUACAAAAUCCACAAGGCCUCGUCCUCCUCGGCCUCGCCCGACAUCAUCGAAGUACGAUCAGAGAAGGACUUUGACCUGGACGGGGACGUCGACCACGACGACGAGGACAGCCUGUCGCAUCGCUCGGCCGUCACAGAUGAGUCGGAGAUGUUUGACAUGACGCGCGGGAACCUGGGUCUGCUGGAGCAGGCCAUCGCCCUGAAGGCGGAGCAGGUGAAGCCGGGAGGGCCCAGAGAGCUUCUCCGAGCUCCAGAUAUCCACCACCAGCGGUACUUCACCCUGGAGGACAGGCCCAAGCACCUGGACAUCAUCCGCAAGAGCUACUUCAGCAAAGAGAGCAGCCGGCCGGAGAAGAGGGAGAUCAAAUGUCCCACGCCGGGGUGUGACGGGACGGGUCACGUGACCGGCCUCUACCCCCACCAUCGCAGCCUGUCAGGCUGUCCCCACAAGGACAGGAUCCCCCCCGAGAUUCUGGCCAUGCAUGAAAAUGUGCUGAAGUGUCCGACCCCCGGCUGCACCGGUCAGGGCCAUGUCAACAGCAAUCGCAACACACACCGCAGUCUGUCUGGUUGCCCCAUCGCUGCUGCUGAGAAGCUCUCCAAGACCCACGACAAGCAGGUUGUGGCCCCGCCCACCAGCGAGCUCCUCAAAGGCAGCCCCAACGACAGAGUGUUGAGGCCAAUGUGCUUUGUGAAGCAGCUGGACGUGCCCCAGUACGGCAGCUACCGGCCCAACAUGGCGCCCUCCACGCCUCGCGCAAACCUGGCCAAGGAGCUGGAGAAGUACUCGAAGGUCUCCUUUGAUUACGCAAGCUUUGAUGCUCAAGUGUUUGGGAAGCGCACUCUUGCCCCAAAGAUAAGCACCAGCGAAACUUCACCUAAAGCCUUUAAAACUAAGCCCUCCUCCUCCCCCAGCCUGAGCCUCCACAGUUACGGGAAAAGCUCCUCUUUGGCCUACGACUACUCGCACGACGCAGAAGCUGCUCACAUGGCCGCCACCGCCAUCCUCAACCUGUCCACCCGCUGCUGGGAGAAACCCGAGAACCUCAGCACCAAGCCCCAAAACAAGGAAAUGGACAUAGAGGUGGACGAGAACGGCACGCUGGACCUGAGCAUGAAGAAGCCCAUCAAAAGAGAGGGCAGCGUGUCGGGCACCAGCCCCGGGGUUCGCUCCCCAGACCCUUCUUCCUCCUCUUCUUCCUCGCUCCAUCACGGGGGAAACAGCGGGAUGACGUCGCCAAAUCUGCAAACGUACAAGCAGGAGGACUGGGAGGGACCUCUGGAUUUCACUAAACCCAACCGCCAGCGGGAGGAGGAGGCAGACGAGAUGGAGCACACUAUGCAGUCGUACGUGUCGUCUGACCCAGAGGACUGUGACUUGAUGCAGGACUGUCUGGAGGACAGGAAGUACCCCGGAGAGGUCACGACCCCGAGUUUCAAAGUCAAGUUUCAGCCGAAGGACAGCAAGAAAGAGCUUCUCUCGUGUCCUACACCUGGAUGUGACGGCAGCGGCCACAUCACUGGAAACUACGCGUCACACCGCAGUCUGUCUGGGUGUCCUCUCGCUGAUAAGAGCCUGCGGUCCCUCAUGGCGGCCCACACCCCUGAACUCAAAUGCCCCACUCCGGGAUGUGACGGCUCGGGUCACAUCACAGGAAACUACGCCUCCCACCGAAGUCUCUCUGGGUGCCCGCGUGCCAAGAAAAGUGGAAUUAAAACUCCUACCAAGGACAACCAGGAGGACUCGGAGCUUUUAAAAUGUCCGGUUCCGGGCUGCGACAGUCUGGGUCACAUCAGCGGCAAAUACGCCACCCACCGCAGCGCCUACGGUUGUCCGCUGGCGGCACGGCGGCAGAAGGAGGGACUCCUGAACGGGACGCCCUUCAACUGGAAGGCCUUUAAGACUGAGGGACCCACCUGCCCCACACCUGGUUGUGACGGAUCUGGACACGCUAACGGAAGCUUCCUCACACACCGCAGCCUCUCAGGAUGCCCCAGAGCCUUGUAUGCCAAGAAGAAGGCCAAGUUCCCCUCAGAGGACUAUCUGAACACCAACUUCAGACCCACUGAUGUUUUAGACAACGACGAGGACAUAAAGCAGCUCAACAAAGAGAUCAGUGACCUUAAUGACUCCAACAAUGAAAUGGAGGCUGACAUGGUGAACCUGCAGACUCAGAUUUCCUCCAUGGAGAAGAACCUGAAGAGCAUCGAGCACGAGAACAAGAUGAUCGAGGAGCAGAACGAGGCUCUGUUCAUGGAACUGUCGGGUCUGAGCCGCGCCCUCAUCCGUAGCCUUGCUAACAUCCGGCUGCCGCACAUGCAGGAGCCAAUCACCGAGCAGAACUUUGACCGCUACGUGAGCACCCUUACGGACAUGUACACCAACAAGGACUGCUUCCAGAGCCCGGAGAACAAGGCCUUGUUGGAGAGCAUCAACAAAGCCGUGAAGGGCAUCAAAGUGUGAGGCUCGACGGAAGCAAGACACUGAAAGCUCCACAGUGUAUUGAAAUACCAUUAAAACAAAAGGGAAUUCAGGUUAUUUAAAUAAACAACAACUUUAAGAAAAAAAAACAACCCAGGGAACACAGAUGAAGAAGAGUGACGCGGACCAAAAUCCACACCACGCUGCUGCUGCUGCUGGGCGUCGCAGAUCUUUCAGUAGGAACGGGCGAGGAGUAGCUGGAAACUGUUCAGCAGAGUUUGGACGCGCUCUCCGGCGCCCCCUCUCUGUUGCGCGCGUCUUGAACCUGAAGGAAAAUCUCUCACAGGAGCAAAAGAGAAGAAGAACUCUGGCUGAGCUCCAGCAGCGUUCACCGCGACUUCGCCGACAGAGACACUCCACCCGGCCACUCCACCCAGCAAUAGGAAGCACGCCCCAAACUGAAGGUGUUUGUUUUGUGGCGUCGCAACCUAAACCAUCUGCACGCAAAGCUACGAAGCAGAUCAGCGAGCAGAUAAGUCCCGCCCCCAGCGUCCAUUUGUUUUCUAACAGAUUAUAGUCAUUUAGCGUGCACACGUUUCAGAUCAGUUUGUCAUAUCAAUAGUAUUUAUUAACAUAGGAGUUGCACUUCAUUUCAAUAACUAGUUUUGUGGUACAAUAAUUAUUAUUAUUAUAAAUUAAUUAUUUAAACUUGUGAACGUUUUAAAUUGUAACUUAUUGCCGUUUAUGUUAUUGAGGUUUAUUUAUUUGAAACGAUCUAUUUAUUAACCUUGUUUUGUAAAACAAACAGAAAAAAAUGCCUUUUUUUUUGCUUUGAUAACCAGUUUGCAAAUGAUUUACAUCCAUAUUUAAAGAAUCUAUAUGAAAACCGAUGAGGCAUAUUUUGUUUGUGACUCAUUUUUGAAACACCUUUUUAUGUGCGGAUGUUUUUACGACAAACUUUUUUUGUUUGUUUUUAUAGUUUUACAACAAAAAAGUUCUUCUUUUGUUCUGUUAUCCAGAAAACCAACUGCUGAGAGGAGAAAAAUGUAUUUAUUAUUUAUUUAAAAUGAGAGAAAUCCUUUGAUAUGGCUGUAUAUUUAUUUUGUUAUUUAUGUGCGUGAUGUGAUGGUUGAGUCUGAGUAGUCUUAAAAAAAAAAAAAAAAAAAAAAAAACACUGAUGAGAACUUAAUAAAGAAACCACGUCAUAACGAACACGGUUUGAUUGCUUAGGUGAAGCAGCAGCUGAUUGUAAAACGAGAAAGCGCUCGCUGUCUGCCGCCGCCACCGCCCGGUUUCUGUGCGUUUGUCAGGUGAAAAUGUUUUAAAGAAAAGACAGAAAAAAAUGUUACCUCUCCCAAGCGCUUUGUAGCGGCCAACACUGGCUCACCCCAAACCUCUGUGUUGUACCGUGACUGCUCUACUAAUAGGAUUUUCAUCAGUGCAAUGGUACACAAAGAGCUCUUCUCCAGCAGUGUUUUAGUUUGGCUCUAAAACACACACAGACUCGCACAGCGACAUAUCCAGCCCUCGAGGAAACAAUAACAUGGCCUACUUUGACAAACUUCUAUCAGACAGACGUACACACCCUUGUAGCCUUACUCUAGAUUUAGAUUAUUUUGUUUUUUUAUGCACAAAGUGCCACUAAAAGAAAAAAAAAGAUUUCUUUCCUAAUUCAUCUCUCCAAUGUAAUAAUGUCUGGUCCCAAGACGACCACGGCAUCCGAAGAGCGGUGAUUGUUUCAGAUGCCUUUGUUUCUCUGCCAAGAUGGCCAGAAGUACAUUAUAUAUACAUUCUGUACAAAUAGAUUUUAAAGAUGCUCUCUCUCUCUCUCUCUUUCUCUGUCUAUAUAUAUAUAUAAAUAUAUAUAUAUGAAUACAAACAUACCUAUAUUUUUCCAGUGUAACUGUGGACUUUUCCUUGUCAGAGGAGCUGUUCUGAGGAGAUGUGAUGGUGAAUCCCGAGCAGAUGGUUGAAUAUCAUAAAGACCUGCUCAACUGUGGCUUUAAACGCACCAUUGAGUCGAGCUGCAACGGCGCUUUGCGAGUUCUCUCAUUAAGUUUCCUUUUACUUGUGUGUCUUUGAUCCAUAAAACAUCAGCUGUGUGUUUUACGACUGAAUCUCAUGUACAGUUUGAAAAAAACAAAAAAACGACGAUGCUUCUGACUAAUGUUCUGCACACGGCCUCGUGGUGCGGUUCCCUGCUUUGUGUGUCCUCGACCGUCCAGGCCUGCUCGCUGUGAGGAGACUUGGGUGUAACUUGCCUUCGAGUGUCCGCUCCGGUGUGUACAGUUCAAUGCCUGCGCGUAGCUCGGACGCCGGCUCGUUCCCGAGGUGGUAAAUGUGCUCUUAGCCAACAUAGAAUGAAAUCCUUUGUGCACUUUCUGAACUACUGUUGAAAAUGCCAGCAUUUGAGCGUAGAUUUCUUGGAACCCAGCUUCAGUAGCUUAGAUCAACCAGAGAGUUGUCUUUUGUACUGGGAAAAAAAACAAAAAGAGAUUGACAGGAAGCGAGUUUGGCCCUCAGGUGACGGGGCAAAACGGAGCGAUGCCAUAGGUCGGCCAGUCAGCUGAGGCUAGAGGCUACAUCAUCAGCUGGAUCGAGGCCUCGUGUAGAACGGGAGGAGAGCGUGGGAGUGGGAAAUUGAUUUGCCGAGCUUCAAAAUCUCCCCUUUUGUUUCAAGAGGAGGCGUUUGUUGCAUAAACAUGUACGUCACUCAAAAGAAUGUCAAAGCUUUUUGUGACUCUUACCCCUCGUCCGGCCCUCUGCCGCACCACGAAACCCCCUUUCGUUGUUCUCGUCCCUUGUAACCUCUCCUCAGGAAAACGCGGUGCGCGAAAACUCGUGUGUUCUUCUUGAACUGCUGGAGAAUACCACCCGCGGGUGUUAAGACUGUGAAUAUUCUCCUGACCCAUUUGCUAUGGCAUGACCCCUUUUAAAAUGCUUGAUGAAAUUGUCUGCUGAGGUAUGUAAAUAAAUAACACUGAGGCCAUGAAAGCAGAGCUAAGAAAGCGAGCGCAGCCCACAGCGCUGAGCCCACGCACUGUAUGUUUUCUGAUUUACAUAAAGUACAGAGCCAUGGAGGGAGUUUUAGUAUUCCAAACAGCGAAGGAUCACACACUGGACAGGUUUACCCACCGAUGUGAGACUUUCAGGGACGCCGGUCCGCACCCAAAUCCAAAUAUGAGUAGAGAAGAAGUGGGGAGGAGAGGGCGGAGCUAUUAAACUGAGCGGCACUUUUUCAUCGAGCUGACCAAAAGCAAAACGGCCCCACCUCUGCCCACCUCCCUGUCGUGUGGUCUUCUUAUCAUGUGUGCCUUUCUCAGUCCGCUCAUGUCGGCCCGUUUGUGCCGGCUCCAAAUCCUGCAUGUUUUACGUUCAGAUGUCCUUCACUUGCAGGCAGGGGGCGCUCUGUUGCAGAGGAAAACCAGAAGCUGUUGUCGGGCUAAAGAAACUGUGAUCUUAUUCUGUCCAUUCAGGUAUCCGAACUGGAAUCUGAAGAUCAUCGUCUUUUAUCCCCAGUAAAUGCAUCAGUGUGCAGGGCAUUAUUUUGAAAUAAGUGAAAGUCUCUGUACAUAUUUGUAUUUAGAAGAAACAGUGUUAUUGUUGUUGUAUUGACAAAAAGUUGAAAAUUGUUUAAAAAACAGACAAAAAAAAACAUUUGUGACAAAAGAAAAAAAAAAGUCCACAGCCAAGGGUUGUCCUGCUACCACAUUUUUACAGAGAUGAGCUAUUUUUACUGGUGAUUUUUUUAGGCACUAAUAUUGAAAUACUUAUGAAACCUUCCAGCAUUACAAGCACUUCCACGUGGAUAGACUGUAUGGUCAUUUUUGUUACUUUUGUAGAUGGAGUCGUUCCUUUUGUAAAGUGGGACAGGCCUUGGCUGUGUGUCCUCGGGGUCUCCUCUUUUUGUUCAUCUUUUUUUGGGGGUGGGGUGGGGAGGGUUGGGUGUACACUGCUGUAGAUGGGCCGAGUUUGUGACUGUGUGUUUGUGCACUUGUGUACAUGUUCCCCUGUUCCUGUUUCAGUGUUACAAAGCAGAAAGUGAUGUCAGUUAUUGUGAGGGUAUGAAUCAUUUUAAAUGUUCUCUAUGAAAAUACAAAUAAAGACUCAUAGACAAGCA